AUGAGAGGAGGAGGGGGGAGGAGGAGAGGAAAGAGGAGAGAAGGGAGAGGGGCAGGAGGAGGAGAGGAGAAAGGGGAGAUGAGAGCAGGGAGAAAAGGAAGGAGGAGAGAGGAGGGAGGUGAGGCGGAAGAGAAGGAGAGGAGGGAGGAGAGGAGGGAGAGAGAGGAGGGAGAGGAGGGAGAGAAGGGAGGAGGAAGGAGAGCAGAGAGAGGAGCAGGAAGAGGAAAGAGGAGAGGCGAAGAGGAGGAGAGAGGAGGAGGAGAAGAGAAGAGAGGAGCAGGAGGAAGGAGAGGAGAGAGGAGAUGGGAAAGAGGAGAAGAGGGAGGAGAGGAGAGGAAAGAGAAGUGCAGAGAGAGGAGCAGGAGGAGGGAAGAGGAGAGGAGGGAGGAGAUGAGAGGAGGGAGAGGAGCAAGAGGAGAAGAGGCGAGGAAAAGGAGAAGAGAGGGGAGUGGUCUGAUCUUAACUCUUUUCCUCGAUGUUGAUCAGCUGAUUCUGUGA